AUUCGCCUGCUCCUAUUCUUCCAGGCGUGGCUUGGUGGUAAAGCUUGAGGCACACCCACCAAUUCGUACUUUGGCGGGUCUUCGCACGCAUGGAGACCAGUCCCGGCUUUCCUUCUCCGUUACCCACCAAUUUACCCCUUCAUCCAGCAUUCCAACUGCAGUCUCUCACUGUUUAACCAACGACACUCGUUUACAUUCAUUUGAGUUUGAGGGCCACAGGAUAGACGAUUAGUUUCCUCGGUCAACUAUUGUUCUAUCUAGGCCAGGAAAUAUCGUAAUAUUCUUAUCUUUUUUUGUUCCCGGGGGCUCCAGGAAGAGAGCGAAAUCUGUUACCGAGACUCGACAAUCGAAAACUGCGCAUCCAUUUGUGAACGAACGUACACUGCGCAACCAUGGGUUUCAAUAAGCUUGCGCGCGGUCUGACAGCGACCUUGUCUUUGGCUGCUGUUCCUAUUGCAAAUGCACAGUAUUACAAAAUCAGCACUUCUCAGGAAAUCAAGGACUCCACAACAACUCUUGCCUACGACUUGAUGACCCUAUACAAAGGAAACCAGACCGGCCAGGAGGCAGGAAUCUUGCCAGGCCCUCCUUCGGAAAACAAGGGCGAUUACUACUGGUGGGAAGGCGGCGCGCUCAUGGGUACUAUGAUCGACUAUUGGCAUCUCACCGGACACACAGAGUACAAUGACGUGGUGACGGCCGGUAUAUUGAAUCAAGUCGGCGAAAACAAGGACUUUCAGCCCCAAUCCAAGCGUGCAUCGCUCGGAAAUGAUGACCAGGGCUUCUGGGGAAUGACGGCAAUGCUCGCCGCAGAGACCAAUUUCCCGAAUCCUCCCAAAGACAAGCCCCAGUGGCUGGCUCUGGCGCAGGCCGUUUGGACGACCCAGAACAGCCCCGAGCGACACGACGACAAGUGUGGCGGCGGCAUGAGGUGGCAGAUUCCAGCGUUGAAUGCCGGAUACGACUACAAGAACACAAUUGCCAACGCCAUUUAUAUGAAUCUUGGAGCGCGACUCGGUCGCUACACGGGCAACACAACCUACUCUGAUGCCGCCGAGAAGACUUAUGACUGGCUUUGGUCUGUCAACUACAUUGACCAUGACACAUACAAGGUGUACGACGGCGGUCACGUAGAACACAACUGCACCGACAUCAACAAGGCUCAGUUCUCGUACAGUAUUGCUGUUCUCACUCAAGCAACUGCGUUUCUAUGGAAUAUGACGAGCAACGAGAAGUGGAAAACAGCCACCACCAAGCUUACCGAAUCCUUGCUCCGUGACUUUUUCGCCGACGGUGCCGCGUUUGAGCUUCCCUGCGAGACCAACACGGGCGGCUGCACCGCCGACAUGUUGUCUUUCAAGGGUUACGUGCACCGUUGGAUGUCAGUCGUGACGCAAGUUGCGCCUUUCACGGCGGCAACUGUCAUCCCUGCGUUGAAGAAGUCGGCCGAGGCGGCUGUCAAGCAGUGCACAGGAGGCUCAUCGGGCCGCGCCUGCGGUUUCUACUGGACCCGCGGUGUUUACGUUGACCCGAGCGUUGACAAGACCACCGGCGCCGGCGAGCGCAUGGACGCCCUCGCCGCCGUCUCCAGCCUCCUGAUCUCAGAAGUCGCCGCUCCUUUGACAAACAAGACCGGAGGCACGAGCGAAGGCGACCCCAACGCUGGCCAGGAGCAGAGCAAUGAUCGCACCUUUAACGCGAUCACCACAGGCGACAAGGCCGGCGCCUCCAUCCUCACCAUCCUGACGAUGGUUAGUGCCGCAUCGAUGUGGGGCUGGAUGGGCUGGGACUCCCGCUGAAUAUGGUCCUAGUGGUGGUACUUUUUUAAUUUCUAUCCUUGUUAUCUUUUUGAGCACGUGCAGUUUUCCGACUCCGGCAUCUCGACAUGUACAAGAUUUGCCAGUCGAUGUAUGCCCAUCGAUUCGAGUGUUCCAGAGGCCCACAGUCCAUCUUGAGGAGCCCCAAAUGUCUUUGACCUUUCUUUGCCUUUGUUUUUAUGUACGAUAUCCCGCCGAGGCUUUCUCUUUUUCUUUUUAAUUUCUUCUGCCAUGUUUGACUCUUUUUGUCAUCUCUGGUCUCUAUUCAUGUAGGGAGCUCUCGCGACAUCACAGAACCCUCUGAUAUCGUUCAUUGCAGGCGUUGGGGAUAUGGACAUAGGUUACCAGCAUGGAUAAAUAAUACAAGACUACGGUUCUUAGAUACAAAUAUCUCUUUUUGAUAGGCAAGUAGAGUUACCUUUUAAAAGGCUGUCAGA